GGCGGCGGUGCGGGAGCGGGAGCGGGGGCCCGAGCGGGCGCUGGAGCCGGAGCCGCAGCGCGAGCGGGGCCCGGAGCGGGGGUCCGCGCCGUGCUGCUGAGGGAGCCCGGGCCGCUGCCCGGCCGGCCGGGGGCCACGGCCACGGCCACGGCGGAGUCCCCGAGCUGGGAGCUACGAGAUUUGAGGCGGCGGGACCUGUCAACAGAAUGUGUCCUCCCCCUGCAUGCGACCCCGAGGCCACCGAGAUGAGCGCCACGGCCGGGCCCUGGCAAGCGCCCGCGUCUCACUAGCAGGGAGCCCGCCGGGCCGCCAUGGUGUACUAGCCCCGAAGAGCCGGCCGCAGCCUCAGGUCUGCCCGGACCCGGGAUUUGCACGGCAGCAGAGUCACCGUGGAGAGGCCAGGGUACCACAAACUUAUGGAUUUUGACAAGAAAGGAGGGAAAGGGGAGUCGGAGGAGGGUCGGAGAAUGUCUAAGGCCGGCGGCCGGACCAGCCACGGCGUCCGGAGCUCGGGGACCAGCUCAGGGGUCCUGAUGGUGGGACCCAACUUCCGGGUCGGGAAGAAGAUAGGCUGUGGCAACUUCGGGGAGCUCCGGCUAGGGAAGAAUCUCUACACAAAUGAGUACGUGGCUAUUAAACUGGAGCCCAUCAAGUCGCGGGCGCCCCAGCUGCACCUGGAGUACCGCUUCUACAAGCAGCUCAACGCCGCAGAGGGCGUCCCUCAGGUCUACUACUUCGGUCCGUGUGGGAAGUACAAUGCCAUGGUGCUGGAGCUGCUCGGGCCGAGCCUGGAGGACCUGUUUGACCUGUGCGACCGCACGUUCACGCUCAAGACGGUGCUCAUGAUCGCCAUCCAGCUGAUCACGCGCAUGGAGUACGUGCACACGAAGAGCCUCAUCUACCGCGACGUGAAGCCCGAGAACUUCCUGGUGGGCCGGCCGGGCAGCAAGCGGCAGCACGCCAUCCACAUCAUCGACUUCGGCCUGGCCAAGGAGUACAUCGACCCCGAGACCAAGAAGCACAUCCCGUACCGGGAGCACAAGAGCCUCACGGGCACGGCGCGCUACAUGAGCAUCAACACGCACCUGGGCAAGGAGCAGAGCCGCCGCGACGACCUGGAGGCGCUGGGCCACAUGUUUAUGUACUUCCUGCGCGGCAGCCUGCCCUGGCAGGGGCUAAAGGCCGACACGCUCAAGGAGCGCUACCAGAAGAUUGGGGACACCAAGCGGGCCACGCCCAUCGAGGUGCUCUGCGAGAGCUUCCCAGAGGAGAUGGCCACGUACCUGCGCUACGUGCGGCGCCUGGACUUCUUCGAGAAGCCGGACUACGACUAUCUGCGAAAGCUCUUCACCGACCUCUUUGACCGCAGCGGGUUCGUGUUCGACUAUGAGUACGACUGGGCGGGGAAGCCCCUGCCCACGCCCAUCGGCACGGUCCACUCCGACCUGCCCUCGCAGCCUCAGCCUCGGGACAAAGCCCCGCCACACAGCAAAAACCAGGCGUUGAACUCCACCAACGGGGAGCUGAACGCGGACGACCCCACGGCCGGGCACUCCAACGCCCCCAUCACAGCGCCCGCGGAGGUGGAGGUGGCCGACGACACCAAGUGCUGCUGCUUCUUCAAGAGGAGGAAGAGAAAAGCAGUGCAGCGUCACAAGUGACCCCGGGGCCGAGGCGCCCCGACCCCUCCUGCCACAGCCCCCUGGGGCAGCC